UGCCAUCGUGGUGCACUGUGUGAAUGUUUGUACACAUGCAAGCUUAUGUUAGUGAGUGCAUGUCUGUUUUUGUGUGUUUUUGUGAGUGUGUGUGUCAGUCGCAUGGCAUAGCCCAACCUCGAGGAACUGCAGAACUGAGUUGGUGAGAGUGAACAAAUCAUGUUAAUUGUUCGGGGAAGACUAUGAACGUUAGACCUAAGAUGAAGGCAGAAAAGGAGUCUUUUUCUUGGGCAUCGGCCACUUUUGCGGCAUCACUCCUGUUCAUUCUUGUAGUUCUGAUUCACUCAGGAUGUGUUCAGGGGGUGAACAUUACCACUUUAGAGACUCUGAUCAGAGGGACAGUGGGUGGUGAAGCUCUGCUUUCUGUCCGUUACUCAAGCACCAGUCUGGAUCCUCCUGUAAUCAAAUGGCAACUCAAGAGGGACAAACCCAUUACAGUCGUUCAGUCCAUCAGCACUGAGAUCAUUGGUAACCUGCGACCAGAAUACAGAGAUCGUAUCCUCGUGUUUGAGAACGGCACACUGCUGCUCCAUAAUCUCCGGCUUUCUGAUGAGGGCAUUUAUGAAGUAGAGAUCUCCAUCACUGAUGAUACCUUCACUGGAGAGGGAAGCAUCGAGCUGACGGUGGAUGAGCCAAUCUCUAAGCCACACGUCCACAUGGCCUCCCCCACUGUUCUGGAGUUGGCUGAGAAUUUCACCUUAAACUGCACCCACGACACGGGUACUAAGACCACCUACAGCUGGACAAAAGGUGGGAAUAUUUUACAAAACGAGACACGCCUGAUCCUGUCACCUGACCAGAAAGUGCUGACCAUUGCACGCGUUCUGAUGGUAGAUGAUGACGUCUACAUCUGUAUGGUGGAAAACUAUAUAGGUAGCAUGAAAAGCCUACCAGUCAAACUUACAGUUUACAAAAGAAGCUCGCUUUACAUCAUAUUGUCUACAGUGGGCAUCCUCUUCCUUGUUACUCUUGUAACUGUGUGUGCCUGCUGGAAACCAUCAAAAAAGAGAUCAAAACGACUGAGGUCAAAAAACAUGAUACCAAGAGCCAUUUCACAAAACCACCACAUCCAGUAUCAUGAUGAAAAGCCAGAGGAUGAUGCCAUCCCAAUAAUGACUGAUCAUGAGCUGAGGAAUCCUGUAUCGCUCUACAUCUUAAAAGAGGAUUCUCCAACUGGUGAACCAACAUCAACAUGUGUAACAUGCACCUCCAACAGUAGCAUUCCCCCAAGCUACAGCAGCUCUGUUCCUCCUCCAUCCGACUCAUCCGAGCCACCGGCCCGCUCCUCUCGCAGAUACCCCCGCACCCCCUCUAAAUCCCCGCCAGCACACCGGCACCGCAGGAAGGGACACAGCCAGAGCCCACCAGCCCCCUCUCCUUCUCGCAGCAGAGGGUCGAGUCGCUCUUCAUCGGUGACCUCGUCUCCAGCGAGAAAGUCUGAGAAUCCACCCACCCCUGCACAAGAAACCAGAAGCUCUCCAAAAGUAGAUGCAGAUCAAGUCUGCUGAGCCUCCAUGCUGCAAAGAGACAGAUAUGUUUGUAAAUAUGUAAAUACACAUAACGAAGGGUCUCAAACAAACAUUUCCAAAUUGUUUUGUUUUUAUGUUAAGACAUUUCUUAUUCAGAUGACCUUUGUGAAUGUUAUCUAACAUAGUAGGGUCAUGCGCUUAGAGAUGCCUGGGUACCAAAAUGUGAUUAUGCUGGCUUGACAAAACAAACAUGCUGUUAUUGCACAAACCCAGGCUAGAGUUUAUUUUCUAAAUCCUUAAUGCAAUACCGAAAUAUUCAAACUGUUAUCUCUUCCUAUAGCUUUUAAACUACAACCCAUUCACUUUUUGAGUAUCAAGCAAACCUUUCAGUCUGCUCUUGCUAAAAUUGGUACAGGAUUGUCCUUUCUAAAUAGUAAAUUCACUAUAGAAACCAAGUUAUACACUGGCAACCACUUAGAACACCCUAGCAACAUGCCAGAACACCUUAGCAACUACACAGAAAGGGAUCUCCCCCUUUCUUUUCAAGUUCUGUUAUGCAAACUCUAUAGGACUUGUAUAACCUUCAGACUGUAAACUUCCAGGCAAGGCAUUGUCAAGUCAACAAAAUGUGUUUUGAUGAAGUUCCGACUUCUAGUUUUAGCGAAUGUAAACAAAAAUAGAGCUAUUCUGUAUUGAAUGUUAAUAAAAAAAAUACCAAACCGAAUCUUAUUUGAAUAAUAUCUCUCUUGAUGAUAAUCAAAGUAUUAUGUAAUGUCUCUGUGGCUGAAGUUCAUACUGUUCCUAAAAAGAGAGAGAGAAUGUGCUUGCUGAUUCACACAAAAGACACAGAAGACUCUUUGUUGUGCAUGGACACAGUUUAUGAAAACAAGCAUUGUUAAGGUUGGAAUGUUGUUUUUGUGUUGGUACCAAUGUAUGAAUUAUUAAUUGAAUAGAAAUACGCAAAAGCCACAGGGAACAUUGAUGGGUUACCUUAUGGUGCAACAAUGCUAAAUCACAGUUAAACCACAACGACAAAACAUCAACGAUCAUGCAAAUACAAAAACAGCAAAAUGAAUAAAUUGACCCUCUCCUUUCUUAUGUGCUUUUUGGAAUCAGUCGCAUUUAACAUAUGCAGAGAUGUGAUCAUGCAAGUCACUUAUUAAAUCUCAGUUUAUCGAUAGAACUUUGUUGGAACUGGCGCAAAUUGUUUACUUUCCAGAGCUUUGUGAAGUAGGCCUAGUUUCUAACUCUUUUUUACAUAUAAAAACGUUAACAAAAAACGUGUUUGUAAACAAUUUGACGAGUGUUUUUUUAACAAACUAACAAUAAACAC